AUGCCCAAGCUCGCAGCUGCCCGUUAUGGCAAGGACAACAUCCGCCUCUAUAAGGUGGAUCGGGAUGAAGCCACAAAGACACACACUGUGACGGAGAUGACAGUCUGCGUCUUGCUAGAAGGAGAAAUCGAGACAUCAUACACGGAAGCAGACAACAGCGUGGUGGUUGCGACGGACUCCAUGAAGAACACCACAUAUAUCACGGCAAAGCAACACCCAAUCAACCCUCCUGAACUCUUCGCAUCUAUCCUCGGUACCCACUUCAUUGAGACGUACCAACACAUCCACACUGCGCACGUUAGCAUCAUUCAACAUCGCUGGACCAGAAUGACCAUUGAUGGGAAGCCACACCCUCACUCCUUCUACCGGGACGGCAAUGAAAAGAGACUGGUACAAGCAGACGUCAUUGAGGGUAAGGGCAUCGAGAUCAAAUCCAGCAUCUCUGACCUCCUCGUGCUGAAGAGCACGGGCUCCGAGUUCCACCACUUCGUCCGCAAUGAUUUCACCACUCUCCCAGAUGUUUAUGACCGUAUUCUUAGCACGUCGGUAGAUGCUUCUUGGAAGUGGGCCACUUUCUCUGGCCUUGACGCGGUCAAAAAGGACUCAGCGAAGUUCGAUGAGACCUGGGCCAAGGCAAGGGAGAUCACCUUCCGUCUCUUUGCUCUCGAGGAGAGCCCGAGUGUGCAAAAUACCAUGUAUAAGAUGUGUGAGGAGAUCCUUGCCGCCCAGCCAAUGGUUGAGGCUGUCGACUAUUCUUUGCCAAACAAGCACUAUUUCGAGAUUGAUUUGAGCUGGCACCACGGAUUGAAGAACACCGGCAAGGAUGCUGAAGUCUAUGCACCGCAAACAGACCCCAAUGGCUUGAUCAAAUGCACUGUUACACGAUAA